ACACAAUGCGUUAUCCGUCCACAUGGUGUCGCUGUAGGGACAGUUAUACACGUCAACUGUCAACAUCCGGCGACACGUCUCUUCAACCCUCUUCCUUUAACUGUCUAUGCUUCCGAGCCUUCUGAUACAUCUGUAUGUAUUCAAACCUCUCCUGUCUUUUCAUUAAAAGGCAAAUGUUGCGUCUUUGACACUUUCUGACACGCUAAGUAAGCCGGGCAGUUUAAAGUGUAGUUAACCCGCGGCGCAUUCGACAAGCCCAGAGCUUCUAAUGGGGGAGGUGAGGAAGCUUCAGAAGAAAUUGAGACAGAUUGGAAAUCUGGAAAUUAAAAUCAGUCUUACCUCAGAGGAGAGACUCAAGAUCUCCAGGAAGGCGGAGCUGCGUUCCAGAUUGGCUGAGCUUCAGCUGCAGCUUUCUGGCCCGCAGCAAACUCUGGGGAUUGUGGGAGACGGAAAAAAGGAGAAGAUGAAAAGACAAGUGGAGGAUGCCCUGGCCCUUCCCAUCAAAAAUUCCCCCUCCACCUCCAAGAUCAAAGGAAGAGAAGGAUUGCAAAUGAACUUUUCACCAAUUUUCCUUAAAUAUGUUUCCGCCUCCCCCUCGCUGUCUGACAUAUUUGUUUUUCUUCCCCCCCGAGAUCUGGGCGAAAUCCUCGCGUUUAUUCACCCUUUUAAAUUUGCUUUUUUUCACCUUUCUUUCCUCUCUAACUCACUUUCUACCCUUUUUUACUCCUCACUUUACCUUCUCCAUUUUUCCCCUUUUCCCAAACCGAGAUACAACGUGAAAAUGUGGCCUUCCCCCAACGGGCCAAAACCUGGGGGCACCUGGGGAGUCACCUGUCUGUCUGCGCCUCCCCCUGAGUACUGCAAGAGGCUGGCCCGGUCCCUGUCUUUGUCCGACAAGGAGAGGUUUAUUUUGAGUGGCUCGGCAGACUGCUAUGUGAAGAUCUGGGCCCUGAGCAUUGGGCAGUGUGUUAAGUCUAUCUACACGUUCAAUGCUGUGACUGCACUCUGCUUUUUGCCAGAAGAAGAGGGCUACUUCAUCACCGGAUCAGACGGGGGGAAAGUUCAAGCCUGGAGCUGGCAAACUUUUGACAACUGCCAGUCAAUCAAUGCUCACCAGGAAGCAGUCACCUCCAUCCAGUCUCAGGGUCCGUUGGUGUUCAGCGGCUCGGCAGAGGGAGGGGUGUCUGUGUGGGAGAACCGGUGUUCAGAUCGAGACCCCCUGCGGCUGCUGCACCACUGGGGCGAACAGGUGACAGGCUGUGGAGGGGGGUCGGGCGGGCAUCUGAACCUUAGCCCAAGGGGAGACAGAGUGUUCCUGUCUUACGGUCGAGCCUGGCUCAAGAUCCUGCACUGGAGGACCGGAACUAUGUCCAGACUGACCAAUCACAACAGCAUCACCGGAGUAACAGACUGUGUUCACCAGACAGGAGGCCUCCUAAUUGGCUCCUGCUAUGAUCUGGCGAAUGGAGAGAGCUCGCUAAAUUUAUUCUCUCUGCCUCAGUGUCAGUACCUAGCCUCUCUCUCCUGGCCCGAUGCUCCCAGAAUCCUCUGCUUUACAGCGUGGGCCACAGGAAGUGGAGACCACCGGUGGGUCACUGGAGGGCACGACCUCAUUGUAUGGGAGCAGCUCCCAAGUUCUGGGAAGCAAAGGGGUGAUGUCACAGUGAAGAGAGACAGUCGGUUGGAGUCCUGUUCGCUGGAAUCGGAGGGGGACACAGAAGAUGACGAGGAGACUGAUGAUUACGAGGAUGAUGAUGACAACGCUGAAGGAAAAGACAUUGCGGAGGAUGGAGGGUCCGGCUCGUGGUUGCGCUGCAUUCUCCAGUGAGUGCUGGUUUCUCACGCUGAGGACACCACGGCCUCCAGCCAUGAAGAGGAAAUGAGAGAGAGGGAGCGUAGUGACAGCGAAGGAGGGUGCAGGGGAGUGAAGUGUGACAGACUGAGUGUCAGUGUCGGCGGAGGAAGCAUAUGGGUGAAGACAGGGAGUGAGUGUGUAUAUGUGAGUGAUAGGCAGAUUGUUUUGCAUGUAAAUAUUUCCACAUACAAUAAAGUUGUCACCCUGUGACUCUUACCUCCAAA